AUGAGGUUCUGUACGGUCGCAAAACUAUUAGUGCUUUUUGGUUUGCUGUGUGGCGUGCCUUCAUCGCUCGGCCAAGAAAGUCGUUUAACGUGUGGCCGACGUAGAGUGAAAUCGGUGUACCUCAUACACAAUGGCAUUGAUGCUAAGGCAGGUCACUGGCCAUGGCAUGUGGCUAUCUUCCAUCAACAGCAGUUUCAGAACGAAUACGCCUGUGGAGGCGUAAUCGUUGAUGAGAAUACAGUUCUCACAGCUGCUCACUGUGUCUACACCGCCAAUGGGAAAGUCCCUCUGGACCGGAUCACGGUGACUGUCGGGCAGUUAGAUCUGACAGAAGAGAACGAAUACACAAAAACGCACUAUUUGCUGGAAAUAAUAGUACAUCCUAGGUACGGUUCAACGAGCAUUAUCAACGACAUUGCCCUGUUGAAGCUGUCAACUAACAUCACAAUGACGAAGUACGUACAGCCGGUAUGCCUCUGGACCAUGGACAGCAAUCAGGAGACGCUCGUAGGCAAAAAUGGUACCAUCGUUGGAUUCGGGCUAAACGAGCAGGAUGUUGUAUCGAAUCAGCUAAAGCAGGCGCUGAUCGGUGUCGUGGAUGCGUUAACAUGCAUCGCAAGUGAUCGUGCCGUGUUCGGCACUCACCUGACCCCGGACAUAUUCUGUGGCAGAGGGCAGAUGGGUGUGAGUGCGUGCAAUGGAGAUAGUGGUGGCGGUAUGUUUUUCGAAGUCGGUGGCAAAUGGUUCGUGCGCGGUCUGGUGUCAUUUAUACCGCUGCGGGGCAAUACCGGGCUUUGUGAUCCGUUGAAGUACACCGCCUACACCGAUGUGGCAAAACAUUUCCAAUGGGUUGUGCAGUACGUGGACAACCGUGUACUCUCUUUCGAGAACGAUGUGCUCGAUAUAGAUUACGAAGAAAAGCUACGACUGUUCAACUUUGGCACGUGUGGUGUGACAUCUUCCACGCAGCUCAACGAUGGAACUAGAUGGACACUACCCUGGCUUGGAUUCGUCAUCCUAUCUGGCGAGUCGGACAGUGCACCGAACACACGUUGUACGGUAACGCUAAUAAGCGAUUGGUACGCUGUUGGUCCUGCACAUUGUUUCGCGAGUGAUGGCAUUGAACGCUGGAUUCUACUCGGAGGUACUUCCGAAUCGCCACCGAACUCAACGCAAACGUUGCAAAUCGAACGAAUAAUCACACAUCCAAAGUACGACAGCAAUAGUUUUGCUAGCAACGUCGUGCUGAUCGAGUUGCUAAACGCAGCCAACACGACGCUACCGAACAUAAGACCCAUCUGCAUACCGGCGAUUCCUGAGCUCCGUACGAAUCAGAUGUCGAACCUAUCCGUCGCAUCGAUCUCGACGCAUGCAAAAUCAUACACCAGUCAUCCGGUGAGUUUCGUGAGUACAGACCACUGUAAGGCCCAGUACGCUGAGUUGGGGUUCAAUAUAAGCUGGCACAAUCAGCGAUUCUGUGCGCAAAUAUCACCUGAAGAUGACACCACAUGCAACUCCCUGAAAAGUGGAGCACCACUGCAAGAGUUGCGCACGUUUGGCGAUGCGGAACGCUACUUUAUGCGUGGAUUCGAACUGUUUGGGUUGGGUUGUGCCACAGAAACGCCACCGGUUUACAACAGUAUGGACGAGUAUAUGGACUGGCUGCUGUACAACAUGCGGUACAACAUUCUGGACAAAGCUGAAGCGAUAAAACCUGCAAUAGUGACCACGCCGAAGCAGACCCUAGACACAGAGUGGCGCAAGUUACAGCAGCAACCUGGGAAGGAAAAUUUACGCCUGUUCAAUAUGGACACCUGUGGCUUGCCGGCCACGCGCAAGCAAAACUUGGGAAAGGCCAUCCUGUUUCCGUGGGUUGGCUUUUUCCAAGGUGCCGAACAUAUUACGGACGAUGCAUCUUUGACGAAAGGUUUGGCAGUGCUGAUAAGCGAAUGGUACGCUAUAGUUCCCAAGCGUAGUGUACAGGACAAUACAACUUGGCGUUUACUUAUCCUGGGAAGGUAUAAUCUAGAGGACCCUUCCAACUGCUACACAACCGUGUGCGAAGUAACGCACCAAAUGGUGGAAAUAAAGAACGUUAUCCUGCCACCGAGCGGUCAUCCAAGGCAAACGUUCGCGCUGGUUGAGCUGCUAGAACCGGCAAACUUUUCCAUACCCUACAUCCGACCAAUAUGCCUCCCGUUUAUGGAGCAGUUGCACCAACGCCAACCGACCCAGGUCGUUCUAGUGUCGAACAAAUCGUUCUACACCGAAAGCAAGAAGCUAACGAUGAUCGACUAUUUGAACUGCCAGCAACGAAUGCUGCUGCAGGAACAUUUGGUCACAUUCGACGGUGACUUUCCGUGUGCGAUCGAGACGGAAAACUACAGGCAGAUACCAUUAGCCUCUGCUUUGGGCAGCACGUUACAGCGGCCGGAACGGGUUGGUGGACGUACGCGUUACUUUCUUUAUGGCAUGGAUACGAAUGAAGAGAAAAUUUUCUCAGACCUUAUCUACGGUCCGUAUCUGUUCGCCACGGUGCUGAUGGCGGAUCUCGAUUGGAUAGUGGAAACAGUGCAGUUGAAAGAGCACAAUACAUCGUUGCCUAGCGUUACGAGUAACGUCGAUCAUGGGAGAGUUACUUUGCCACCGUUGGAAGUCAACACAACCAAGCGAAGUUUGUUUAAUUUUAGCAACUGCGGGAUAAAUACGCUGCUGAGUGAUCCAUCGAAUAGCUAUCCUAUUCCGUGGAUCGGGAAUGUCGUCUCAAAUGCGCCAUUUUUCAAUGUGAGCCGUUGUUCCGUAACGCUCAUAAGCGAAUGGUACGCCGUUGGACCGGCGUACUGUUUCAGUGAUACUAAGCAAGAACAUUACGUGGUGUUCGGUGUUAUUAGUCAAUAUACUAGAAGGGAAUGUUCUAAAGGUGAAACGGGUGCAGACUGUGCGCUUCCACUUCAACGCAUCUUAGUACAAAACGUCACCAUCCAUCCGGAGUACAACCUUUCCAACUACGUCAAUGAUUUAGCGUUGGUGAAGCUAACCACACCCGUGGACACCUCUCUACCAAAUGUGAAACCCAUCUGCCUUCCCAUCUUGGACGAAAUCCGCAGCUAUGACACAUCGGGUCUGGUGAUGGCUACUACGAGCAACACGGUAUACAAUUACGGCGUUCUACCCGUAGGAAGCAGAUAUGUAGAUCCCGCUGAGUGUCAUAAGCGCUGGAAGGGUUUGGCAGUAAGAUUUACCGUGGGCAUCUCGAACUAUUGUAUUAUAUCUAAACGAACGCCUGACGAUGAGUGUCUCGGUGUAUUUACGGGUGCAACACUCCAUACGGUUCAUAAGGUACAGUCCGCUGAAAGAGCCUUUCUUCGUGGCUUUGAUUUGAUCGUACCGAGAGGAUGCAGUCGUUAUUAUCCGCUAGUUUACCUCAACACCGAUGGUUACUUGAGUUGGAUCAUGGAAAACAUGGACGAUGAAAGUCUGCCAUCGGGCGUCCCAUUCGAUUUGCAUAAAGAACUCAUUUUUAACUAA